AUGGGGUACUAUGAAUGCGAUACCUGCACGCGGCGUUUCCGAACCUCGGGAGCGUGUGAUCAGCACAUGAGGGACACCAACCACUUCAAUCAGGACGACGAAUAUCCCUACGAGUGCCGGUUCAACAACGCCAAUAACCUCAGGAUGCACCUCAACUCGCGCGUCCACAAGGGCACGCAGAUGGACUGCCCCUUCUGCGACAGAAGCUUCGUAACCGCCACGGGGCUCGCUCAUCACCUGGAGUCGGGCGGCUGCAGGAAAGCUCCUUUCCUCAGCCGAGACCGCGUCUACGAGAUCGUUCGAAGACAGGACCCGCACGGUGCCAUAUCGAAGAACUUGCUCGACUGGCACGGAUCCAGCGAGUACGAGGCAACUUCGGCAUCCUGGAACGGAGAUUUCUACGAAUGUGUCCUUUGCCAUCGCGAGUUUAACAGUUUGCAUGGUCUGAACAUGCAUCUCAAAUCGCCUGUCCACCAACAGAGCCUCUAUCAUUGUCCCAAUCGGGGCUGCAGGUCGGAUUUCAAGAGCUUGGCUGGCCUCAUCAACCAUCUGGAGAGCGAGUCGUGUGGAUACAAGCGCUUCGCCACGGUCCAGAAGCACAUGGGAGGCAUGCUCAGCAGGGACCGUAUGCUGACGUAUUGA